GGCAGUGGAUGGCGCCCUGGCACGCGGGGAUUUAAAUUAGUUUCGUAAUGUCCAGCAGUCGUCGCUAAAUCUCCAGUUUUUCUUUGCCAGAAAUCAAUCCCACACACAGGCGGUGUGUUCAUUUGAAUGGUACAAGUCUGAAACGUUAGCGGACCUGCCCAGAGAAGAGUUGCUCUGGAGUUUAACCCGUUUUUCACGUUUUGGAUUUACUCACCUGGGGAGAACUAAUGCGUCUUCACAACAUACACCGCAGUGUCUCUUAUUAUGGAAGCUAAUAAGCAAGAAGUCAACAACAACACAUCCAUAUGGCUUUCUGUGAUCCUGCCUGCAUAUUUCUGCUGAAAAGAACAUGAAGCAGGUGGAUAUUAUAAAUAAGGAAGAAUUAGAUAAAGAAAGAUUUCAAGUCCAUUACGGAGUACAGAGCCCAGGCAAAGCGAAGCGAUUGUCAUCUUGCAAGAGGAAGGGUUGUCCAUUGGUGGAGGUGGGCUUAAAGCUGCACCGUAGAACAUCAGAUGUAGGCCGUGCCCGUAACCCCGGCAUGGCCAACAAAGAAAAUGAGCUGACGUGCUCCGAUGAUGUGCGGGGCCAGCACUUCAAUGACAACCCUCUGAACUCUGCAGAGGCCUCCAAGAUGGCAGGGGCCAGCUCCAAAUACAGCGACUUAAUCGAGAUAUCAAAGGAUCACGAAGCGAUGACUCGCGUCCUUUUCGGAAGGAACCUCCGACUAAAAGUAGCCCAAACACUAUGGCGAAGAAACGCCAGUGAAUUAGUGGCCUACCUAAUAAGAAUUGAAGACACAGGGGUGCUGCUUGACUGCUUACCUGUCUUAACAAACAACCUUCAAACUGAAGCACCAUGUUUGUCACUUGGCUGCUGCGUUGACCUCAUGCCUCUAGUGAAAGGGAUUCUUGCCAGUACAUAUGAAGAAAACAUAAGCGUGGGACUACACUGGGUUCAAUCCGUCAUCAGGAAAUGGUGGCCAGAACUUUCUAAGAAUGAGAAAAGACUGCGGGACAGUUGUUCAGAAGACAGGAAUAUUGAAGUCAUGAAGCAGCGGCUGAAGGACUUGUGGAAGGAAGGAGCCCGGUCAUGUUUGGUUCCAGGAUCUACGGGAGAAUUGGCAAAGGCCAUCCAGUCUUAUCUAUCGCAGCUGCCCUGACAGUUGUCAAUGUAGCACUCUGAGGAUGUGACCACUUCUGCCGGAUCAUGGCUGUGUUUUGAACUGAUAAUGACGCCAGAGAAAUGGACUUGUUCUUUCUGCCACGCAAACCCAAACCCCUUACGGGGACUGAACUUGACAAUUCAGGAAACUCCCCUCAGUUAGAGCAGGAGGCUCUUAAGGACGGCUAAGAAAGCUUUUCUGCAAAAAAAAAAGAAAAAGAAACACACCGCAAAUGACUGCUUCACAUUGAAGUGGACCUUCUUGUGAAGGGGCAUAUU